AUGGGAAGAAUUUUCUCGGAAAGGAUGUUUCUGGUUCUUACUCCAGUCCUGAUGCUUCAUCUCUUGAUCUCUUCUUCGUCUGGUGCAUCAGCUAACUCAAAUGAGAACGGAGUUUGCAUUUCUAACUCUGCUGAUCUUGAGUCUAAGGAUCAAAACAUGUGUAACGUGUUCCAUGGGAAGACUUGCUGCUCUGCUUCAGUAGCUCUCGAGAACUUGGCUACUUAUGGAGAAGCUGCUAAAGAAUGCUUGGAUUUGUUUGAGCUUUUGGAAUGUUCAAUCUGUCACCCACAUGUUGAGAUUCAGUCAGGAACUCUACGCAUUUGUGACAGAGUCUUUGAAGCUUGCUCAGAUGCUUACUUUAGUAGUGAUGCCAAUAAUCAGGUUCAAGUGCCGUGUGGAGCAAGCAAUAGUAUUAUCUGCGGGAAAGCUUCCAAAUGGGAGUCUAGUGGCAGAGUGUUCUGCGAUGCGGUGGGUUUCACUGUUACGAAUGAUGAUGACUCCGUAGAAGAGCCUUUUAACGGAAGCAAAUCAAGUUUAGAGGAGCCAGUGAUGGAGUCAUUCGUUAAGACUGAGAACUUUGCAGGGUUUCGAGAUCACCAGAAGCGGGUUAGAGAGAUGAUACGGGCUCAACAGCUUUCUUGGGUAAUACCACUCUUGCUCCACAUGCUCUUUAACAGGCUUGAUGCGAGAAGAUUGAGAAGGGGCAUGAAUGGGAAUGGGAUUGCCGAUUGCCUAAGAGAAGAUUUAACUCUCUUUGAGUUCCUUAGCGUAGCAUUCAAACCUAUUAUUAAUAAGCUCUGUAAUAUCAUAUGA